AUGAGAUUCUUCUCUCAAUCCUUUCUCUACGACGAUACCUGGUCCAUCGUCACCCUAGCCUUCUUCCUUCGUUACCCAAAUCCCUACGCGGCUCAUGUCAUUUCCUGCGAUGUCAUCUCUCGCGACACCACACCCUCCGGCACUUUGGUCACGACGCGCCUCAUUCUGAAGAAGGGGAGCAUGCCCCGGUGGUUUCCGAGGGGCAUAGUCUCAAGAGCUGAAUCCUGGGUCAUUGAGGAAAGCGAGGUUGACCCGUAUGGCAAGGUCGUGAGAUGUGUGACCAAGAAUCUCGACCAUGUCAAGGUUAUGCAGGUGGAAGAGAGCGUCCAGUUUGCACAGACACCCAAAGGGACCCUCCAACACACGGAGGCCCGGGUUUUCUCCCGGUUUGGGUGGGGUCUCACAAAAAGGAUCGAGAAUCAUGGUCUAACGCGAUUCAAGGCCAACAUGCAACGAUCUCGUGAGGGCGUGAGCCUAAUUCUCGCCCUCCUUCGACAGUCGCGACUGCAACCUAUGGCUCUGGGCCCUGCAGAUCACUCACACGAUGUUCUGCCGGUCAUCCAAAGCAACGCUGAAGUGAAUGAAGAUAAUCGGCACAAAACAUCUUGGGCUAAGUUCAAAUCCUGGUUUCGACCACCAUCCUCUCAAGCCUAG